AUGGUUCACUCAACUGGUGACGAACGCGCUGUACACCUGACAAGGGAGGCUAUUGAAUUGGUAGAUGCCGGUCAUCGCGAGGCCGCUUCGCGAAAUCUCCGAGAAGCUCUGUCUCUCGCCCCGGAAAACCCGACCGUCAAAGAUGCAUUCCUGAAAAUCCAGCAAGAGGAGGAAAACGGCCACCACCUGCUCGACCUGUGCCGUCGAUACGUCACCCGCGGCGAGGAAGAUGCCGGCAAAGACGCCGCCCUGUACCUCCGCACCGACGGCCUGAAGCCCCCAGAGGGCGUUGCGCUGGAAUGUGCCAAACUCUUACUGGCCCAGCGCGCGCAUGCCUUAUCUUCGCGGCAGGAUGAGAUCAUCGCCGGCCUGGUGCGUCAGAGCGCCACCGUGCGCCAACACUUCUCCGACCAGCUGCAGGUCUCGGUGACGACGUUCUUCGACGAACUCUACGAUCGGGGCGAUAAUGCCGCGGUGUGUCUGGAUACGGUGGUUUUGGAUCACGGCGUCUGGCCGUCGGAGGAGACGCGGUUGCACUGCGAGCGGGAACUUUUCCAGCUGUUCAUCGCCAAGCUGAUGGAGUCGGGCCACGAUCUCGACGGUCGGUCGCUCAAGGGCAUCGCGCGGCUGCUGGCCGUCGACGCAGAGAAACUGCAGGAUCUGGUGGAUGACGAGGGCCUGGAGGUGAUUCUGUCGUCGCUGGACAAUCGCCUACCGCUGGAGCUCCGGAGUCAAGCGACGCUGGCCACCGUGAAGUAUCUGGAAGCUGCCGGGGAGACCGGGGAGAAGAGUUUCUCGCAGCUCAUCUCCGCCAAAGUCAGCAAAGCCCGGAAUGAUGACAUCGUCAUCGCUUUCUCCGCCACAGCCGCCGUGUUCCCCGUCGUUCCCAACGUCGCCGCCUCCCUCUUCUUAUCCGAAGGUUUCAUGCCUGCGUUAACGCCCACGGCCGCCCGGGACGCCAAGCGUCGGAAAUUGGAGGUCUCGUUACUGGAACUGCUGAAUGCCGCCUGCAUCAACAAACCAUGUCGGGAAGCCAUUGCCAAGAACCUCUCGGACUGGCUCUCUCAUACCUUGACGAAUGGCGAUGACCAGACUUCCGAGUUGGCGGCGGUGGUGUUGGCUAAGAUCCGGACGUCCGAAAAGGAUGGGUCGGAGGCGAACGGUAAGGUCCAGGAGGAAGAAAGCAAGGUUUCGGAGCUGGUUGAUCGAUUCAAGGGACUGAUGUCGAGACACAAGGGUGAAAACAUACAGAACGUGGUUGAGGGGUUGGCAUACUCGUCCGUCAAACCCGCCGUCAAGGAGCAACUGGCCACAGACCCAGCUUUCCUGCGAGAUCUCAUCAGCACUCUGCAGAAGAACUUGUCCGACUCGUCGGUGCUCUACGGGGGCCUGAUGAUCAUCGUGAACCUCACGCAGUUCCUUCCCAACCUCUCCGAAGAUCAGAAGAAGAUGUCCCAGCUGAAGUCGUACGCAGAGGCUUCUCCCAAAGUCCGGUCGGGUCCGGAUCCGCUGGACGAUGACGAGCACGUCGUGGCUCGCUGCAACGCCGUCGUCACCGCGGGCAUCAUGCCUCUUCUCGUGGACUGCGGGAAAACCGCGCUGCCCUCGAUCCAGGGGCUGGUCAGCAAAAUCCUGCUUUCCUUAUCCCGGGACCGCAAGUCGCGAGGGACCCUGGCUCAGAAAGGAGCCAUCAAGCUGCUGCUUCAACUAGGGGCGCCUCGACAAGGGAGCACCGGCGCAAUCUCUAGCGAGGCCCUGCAGAAUGGAUCGCACGCACUCGCACGAAUUCUGAUCUCGGUCAACCCUUCUCACGUUUUCCCCUCCUCCGGCUUCCCUCAGGUGACCUCGGCUAUUCGCCCAUUGGCAUCCCUGCUGGUGUCGCCCGAAACCACCAGUCUCACAGCCGAGCAACCCCGCGAUCUCCUGCCUGUGUUUGAGAGCCUGCUCGCCCUCACCAAUCUGGCCUCGUACCCCGACGAAGCCGUCCCCGAUGCCAUUGUCCGCCAGACGUGGCCGGUCGUGGAGGAUCUUCUUCUCUCGAACAGCCCGCCCAUUCAGCGGGCCGCUUGCGAACUGGUGUGCAAUCUCAUGACCUGCGAGUCCGGCAUCGUCAAGUUCGCCGACGGUUCCAAGCGAGCGGCGCAGCGUCUGCAUAUUCUCCUGGCUCUCACCGAUGCCGACGAUGACGCGACCCGACGGGCCGCCGGAGGUGGACUCGCCAUGUUGACCGAGUUUGAUGCGGCCAUCGCGGGCGUUGUCGACCGACCGCGCGGAAUUCAGCUGCUGUUGGGGCUGUGUCAGGAAGACGACGAGAGUCUGGUGCAUCGCGGUGUCGCCUGUUUGCGCAACCUGACCUGCAUCGCCUCGGGAGAUAUCGGGCGGCGGGCCAAGGAGGCUGUGAAGAGCGCUGGCGGCGUAGAGACGCUCACCAACGUGCUUAAGAAGACCUCAAACACUACGAUCCUGCAGACGGGUGUGGAAGCCUUGAAACCUUUGGUCGAGUAG